AUGGCAGGAGUGAACGGAGAUCGUAAGGGGAAGAAAGACGACAAUGGGCUUGGCACGGCGAUCGACUUUGUGCUCUCCAAUGCAAAGCUGGUGCUGGGAGUUGGAGGGGCAGCCAUGCUUGGUAUCGCCACACUGGCGGUCAAAAGAAUGUACGACAGAGCUCUCAGUGCUCCAACCAGCCCCACUAAAGCUGACCCAUCAGGACAGAGAAGCUGGGAAGAGCCGAGCUGGCUGGGAUCUUCACCACGCACACUGAACCAUGACAUGAAGCAGAACAUAAGCCGCUCUCUCCAGACGCUUCCCACCUCCUCCAGCUCCUUCAAGCCAGACUCUUUGCGUCGUGUGAUGGGUCGUGGUGGUGGCAGUGGUCCUGGUAAGGCUGAGCUCCAGAGGGCAAGGAUGCGUCUAUCACUACAGGAACACCUUUGGGCCUUCUUUCAUGAGCGAGUGGCGAUCCCCUCAGAAGAGCAGGCUGUGGCUCGGCGUGCUGCGUUGGAUAUCUGUGCCGAGCUCAGAGUCUUCCUGCACGCCAAACUACCGGACAUGCCCUUACGAGAAAUGUACCUCAGCGGCAGUCUCUAUGAUGAUCUCCAGGUGGUGACUGCAGACCAUGCCCAGCUGAUGGUACCCAUGAUACUUGAGAAGAACCUCUGGUCAUCCAUUCCUGGCGAAGACACCAUCAUGAAAAUGCCUGGCUUCUGGCUGGUCCGUAGGGAAAACCUUGAAUACUUCCCUCGUGGGAGCAGCUACUGGGACCGCUGCAUGGUGGGUGGCUACCUUUCUCCAAAGAGCAUUCUGGAAGUCUUUGAAAAGCAUGUUGCUGGGUCCAUCAACUGGCCCGCAAUUGGUAGCGUUUUAGAUUACAUAAUUCGCCCCGUGGUUCCAUCGGAAACGCUAACGUUGGAAGUGCAAUACGAAACAGACCGUCGCCUUUACGUAGACUUCCUCCCAUUGCUUGUUAUGGAAGAUGGAGUCUCGCUGAUCGCCAAACCGCAUCGAUUGGCUGCCGAACGGCAUGAGAAUUUGUGGCGUCAGAGUUUUCGUGCAGCAGAGACAGCAAAGUUACGUACGCUCGAUCAGGAAGAUGGUGGGUGUCGCUGUGCUUGUCUCAAAGUCGUUAAAGCGGUGUGUAAAAUCAAUCCCGCACUAGCGAGAAUAAGCGCAAGCCAGCUCACUAAUGCAAUCCUCCUCCUAAGUGAACAGGAGGGCGAUUGGACUCAGGAAGCGCUAGCCGACCGUUUUUUGCAGCUGCUUCAUGUUCUAGUGGGACACCUAGAGGCUGGGAGGCUACCCUGCACCCUAAAUCACAAAGUCAAUCUUUUCUGUGAGCUAACUCCACAGGAAAUCGAUGAACUGGGUUACACACUCUACUGCGCGUUGUCCGACCCAGAGAGCCUGCUCAGAACUGUUUAACAAAAAUGUGCUCGUACCCUUCUACAGUUUGGCCCCUGUGCAAGGCCUAAACAUGGAUAUAUAUACAGUAUAUACCCAAUCAUUUGAGCAUAGUUGAUCUACAAACAAAACAUUUCUGUUUUCUUUUGUGUCCUGGUAUGAUUAGAUCAAUAACCUCACUCAUUUCACAAAUGUGCUUUUGUAGUCAUAUUUUACAUGUUAAGUGUACCAUAAACACUUACUUUCUCUUGCAAGGAAUACCACCUAAUCUUGUUGGUCAUAUUAUUUACAGCCGGUCAUAUAUCAUAUAUGUAAAUGUGACUCUCCUAGAGCAGUUUUGAAGUGUCAAUCAAUUUAUCUAGUGGAGAUUCAAAAUCCACAUCAGCGCUCUGUACACUCAAAAUAAUAAUAAUUUUAGCCUAUUUUUUUGAUUUACGCAUUUAAAAUUCUUAACAAAAUUCCAUUUAAAAUAAUUAAAAAUAAAAUGAAUACAACUUGAAAUAUUUCUUUAUUUUAUUUUAGAUUACUCUAUUUAUUUUAAAGGAAUUUUGGUAUGAAAUUGAUUUGCGUGUAUCUUAAUAAAUGUAUUUUUUUAAGUGUUGUCAUGUUACAUUGAUCUAUUAUUUUGUAAUUUUUUAUCUUAUGUUCUUAAGUUAUUUGCUGUGUGAACAUGAUUCAGGAUAUCUUCUGGUUUAGCUCCUGGAUUCAUUUAAAAUAUGCGCACCUGAGUUAGCUGCCUUUGGGUGACGUUCAGAGUUAUAUGUGACCGUAUUUGUAGAUUAUUCAAAUUGUGUGGUUGGGUAAGAAACUGGACUCUGACCAUCAAAACAGGAUAUGAUUCGAGAGUUUGAUGUUGCUCUUUGUUACUUUUCAAUUUCAAGUGACGUUUGGACACAUAAUUGAAUCUCUUAAGAACUCUUGUUUCUAACAUAUCAAAUCUUAAGGUAAAAAAAUCUAAAUACUUGAUCUAGAUGUGAUCUUCUUUCCAGAUGAUGUCUGUCGAUUAAUCAAAAUUGGUAUGAAACACAAUUGGAGCGAUUUGCAAAUAAAAACAUUAAUAAAGUAAAAAUAAAAUGUGUUUUGUAUCUGCAUUAAAAUAUGCAAAUGACCUAUUAUUAAAGCUGUGCUAAUGGAGUUAGCGUUAUACGUUUUUUUAUUUGUUGAAAUUGGUGCAAACAUGGCCUGUUUCCAGCUGCAUUCUUUUAAAAUUACCUUUCCAAAGUUGGUCAUAAGUGUUCCAGAAGAGUGGUGGAUGUUAUUGAAAUGGUUGAAACGGGUUACUAUCACACUACUGAUAUCAGAGAGUACUAAAUUCUUAUCUGAAUGAAUAACCAAAAGACAUCUUUAUUCAUUAGACUGGCUAAACAAAGAGCAAAAUAUGUAUUAAAGCCGGCUAAUAAACCCAAACAGCCCUUGCAGACCUCUAGGAAGAGUUUCUGCAGAAAUGUGAGACUUCCCUUCCCUUUGUUUUCUGUUCGUGUGGGUUUUAAAGAAUGUUUGGAUGAAUUGAGUGUGCAUUGAAAAAUAUGUAAAUGAGCUUAAUAAAAUAUACUUUAUAAAAAUCAUAGACAUUUUUGUAUUGAUUGUACAGAUGUAACCAAAAAAAAACAAGUGUGUAGAUAUGUAUGUAAAUAUGUGUAACGAUCAUACUUAAUGUGCUUAGUGUGUUAGAACAAGAUCUCUUACGAAAUGUCAAAACUGGCAGGAGAUGGCAUGUUUAUGUAUCGAAUCAUUCAUUUUGCUUGCAGAACCAGAACACCUGUGUCUACCUGUGUUAUGUAGCAGAAACACAUUUACCCUGCAAAUUAUAUUAAUCUGAGCAGCACCAAAUCCAAAGUAGACCAACUUUUAUCUUGUGGGUUCAGCUUGGCCUAGUACUUGUGAUGUUUGUGGAUUUGUUUCUUCAGCGGAUUAUGUUUAUUAAAGAGCACUUUGUAUAAUUGUUUUAUGUUCUGGUAGAAUUAUUUGCUGCUAUACAGAGUAAAGGAUGACAUUAAAAUGGA